AUGAAUGAAUCUGAAGUGUUUAAUGAUUUUUUACAAAUUACAUUAAACAAUUUUCCAUUAACUAUACCAAUUACAAUAAAUAAUGAAAUAAAAUAUUUAGAAAGAGAUGUACUAUAUAUGAAACCAGUUGAUUCGCCGUCAAUUAACCAAUGUGAUGAAAUUAAGAAUAUUAUUCAAUAUGAUGAAACAAAUUUAAUUCAUCAAGAAAAACUAUUACAAUUAUUAACGAUUUUAGAUAUCAAUCUAGGUGAAAAAUAUAGUAAAAUAUCAAAAUUAAUUUAUGAAAAUGAUAAACCAUGGAAAAUAAAUAAACUUAAUGAAAUGAAAUCAUCUGGAUUAAUUUAUAUAAUUUAUAAAUUAAAUGAUGAACCAUAUUUAUUUAUGUCAUUUAUGUUAACGAAUGAAGAUGAAUUUGAUGGUAAAGAAAUUUCUGUAAUUUAUUUAUACGAGAUUCAAUUGUUAUCAAUAAUUAGAAAACAAGGAAUUGGAUCAAAAUUAAUAAAUGAAAAUUUACUAAAUUGUAGUAAAGAAAUAUAUUUAGUUAAUAAUAAAUCAUUUAUUGGUAUUGAAUUAACUGUAUUUAGUGAUAAUUAUAAUGCAAUAAAUUUUUAUAAAUCCAUUGGAAUGAAAUUAACACCAUGGUCACCACAAGAUACGAUUAAAAAAAUAAGUAAAAGAAUAACAAGAAGUAAUAAUAAGACAAAAAAUGUAAAAGAUACUCAAAAAAUUGUAAUUAAGCCAAUAUAUUAUUUAUAUUAUUUACCGAUAAAUUAA